AUCGACUUCGUUUCUUUCUUCGCCGUGUGUCUCUCCUAUCUCACCCUCUCGCCUUCUCCACCUCCUACACUCCAGUACCUACCGCCCUGCCCUCUCUUGGCCUUUCUUUCCCGAGCCGAACGAAUCAACAAGUCGAAGAUGACGGUAUCCCCAGCACCCGAGGAGCUCCCUCAUCUCUGGCAGAAGCCAGCCUACGCCACGCUUCUCGACGUUCUUCAGCGUCUCCGUCAAGAGCCUCGUAUCUGGGGCCUCAAGGAGUCUCGGGAAGAAAUUCUUAAGGCGCAAGCGGCUAGCAUGGCCGAGGUGGCCUUCAACCGGCAAGAGAUCAUCUCGUUCCUCUCAUCCAUUAUCAAGAGCGGCUUGCCAUGGCUUGACAGCGACGAACAGCGGGAGGACAUCUGGGAGGAGGCUAGUAGGCGGUUGUCGGAAAGGUGUGGUCGGACAGCAAUGGGCGAAAUCAUACGCCGAUGGCCCUUCCGGGAUGAGAAGAACGUGUCGUCUGAAUGCGGCAGCGACUUCGACCUAGCCAUUCGCGAGCCUCCCCUGACUGGCGAUUCCCUCGGUCUCAAAACCUGGGGAUCAUCGUACGUUCUCGCCCAGCUUCUCCCGCACUUUUCGGCUGGUCCCUUGGCGCACCUCUUUCUAGGAGACGAGCCUCUCGACGUACUGGAGCUCGGGUCUGGCACCGGCCUUCUGGGUAUAGCGGCCGCCUGUCUCUGGAAGGCCGACGUGACCCUGACCGACCUACCCAAUAUCAUCCCCAACCUCUCGCACAAUGCUGAGCUCAACCGGGAAACAGUGGAAGCGCGCGGGGGAAGAGUUGAGGCGGCUGCGUUGACCUGGGGCAGCGAUGACUAUGAGGGGGAAACUCAUCCGCGCUUUAGGGAGUCAAACCGCUACAAGCUCAUCAUUGUAGCGGAUCCCCUCUACGAUGACCAUCACCCGGAACUCCUCUCCUCUGCCAUCAAUACACAGCUCUCCCUUGAGAGUGACGCCAGAUUAUUGGUCAUGGUGCCCCAGAGAGACGAGACCACGAAGGGCUUGACCCAGUCUCUCCGUUGCAAACUGGAACAAGCAAGCAGUCCCCUGACGUUAGUCGAGGAUGCUAUCGCUUCUGGUGAGGACGAUUGGGGUGUGGGAGAGACGGAUGAGACUGAUCGUGUUGGGUUUUGGUGGGGGGUUUAUCGGCGAGAGAAGUCUUCUUGGUAAUUAUCGGCUGCAUGCUAUAGUUGAGAGAGCGGCGGGAAUUGAGAAAGCUGACACCGCUUUGGGUGGUUUUUAGUCGGUUACAAAGCUUUGAACAAGACCUAAUAAACAUAUAGAUACAAGAUAUAUGUAGAUAGAUU